AUGACUCUAGACCUCCAUGUUGGAUUCUGUGUUCGGAGACGUCCAAACGAUACACGGCACUGGAUUAUCAUUUUGGUAAAGCCCGGAGACCCAAAGUGCACCUGGUACCACGUCAAGGGAGGUCCCCAAGGAGAUCCACCAGCAAAUGCGUACGAGGUGUUCAUCGAGGACGGCAAGCGAUUGAACAGCCAAGGCAUUGAACAUCUUUCGGAAAAGAUUGCAACCAUCAGUGACGCAGACAGGGCCAAGGUCAAAGCCGCUGUGCAGUCGGUCGAACGGCAACGAUGCCAGCUUUUCACCGUUGCGGUUCUGGCCAAACUUGAGAAGAAAGGGCUCGUCCCUAUCGGCACCAGCGCAUCUUUCGCCGCGAGAGUCGAGCCUGUGAGGUCCGCAGCUGCGACCACCGGCAGCGGAUCGAAGUCUGGAAGCAGUAGUAGGAUUGCUAGCAGCAGCAAAUCCACUAUCGGCACCAGCAGCGUCUCGAAAACGGUAUCCAGUGGAUCGACUGCAACAUCUUCCUCGUCCAGGUCUCGCAGGUGGUGA